CACAGACGUGCGAUUAACUAAGUAGUCCGAUCAACUAACUCGCGAUGUAUCCACAACUCGAAACGGAGGCUGAGGCCCUGGAAAAUGCCACUGCAAGAGCUCUUCUACCAGGUGCCAUCAGUAAACCCGCAAGUGAAGCCGGCAAAGCUCCAACCACGAGCAAAUGGAAGAGACGCCUUCAUCGACACAUUCCCGUUUUCCAAUGGCUGCCACUCUACACCACCGAGUGGGGAAUCGAUGACUUUAUAGCAGGAAUUACCCUUGGACUCACGAUCAUUCCCGAGAGCAUGGCCUGUGCCCUUUUGGCUGGUCUUCCUGCUCGAUAUGGCCUAUGUUCCGCCUUCAUCGGUCCACUCAUCUACAUGGUAUUUGGAUCCAUCGACAAGGUCAUCAUAGGACCCACCAGUUUGGUGGCUCUGGUCAGUGUUCAGUUCACCGUGGGAAGACCCAUCGAAUUCGCUUUCCUGCUCACUUUUCUAAGCGGAAUUGUGCAGAUCAUUAUGGGCAUUCUGCGACUAGGAUUUAUCUUCGAGUUUAUCUCCAUGCCAGUGAUCAAGGCCUUUUCCUCGGCUACUGCAAUACUCGUAAUUGAAUCUCAGCUCAAAGUCCUGUUGGGCAUCAAAUACUUAGUGGCAGGUCUUUUAAAUUCGGUUGGAAUGCUGAGUUCCCGUAUUGAACAAUCCAAUAUGGCUGAUCUCACAGUAGGAAUUUGCGCCAUAGUUUUUCUGCUGCUUUUGGAGUUAUUAGAUCGCGUGGCCAACAAUGAAAAGCGCAACAAAGUUCUGAGGAUCUGCUGUCGAUAUUUAUCCACCUCCAGGAAUACUUUGAUUGUAGUCAUUGCUGCAAUUGUUUCGUACAUUUGGAUACAAAAAAACGGUCAAGUUCCUUAUCAUCUUAGUAAAAACGCCUUGUCCACUUUGCCGAAUUUCACAAUGCCCAGUUUGGAGAUUGUUACUCCCGAAAAAAGCUACAAUUUCUGGCAAAUAUUAAAGGAGUUGAACGUGGGUAUUAUCGUCAUUCCAAUUGUGGGCAUACUGACGAAUAUUUCCAUAGGAAAAUUGACCCCUAAGGGCUUGGUGGAUACCAACCAGGAACUCCUUACGGUUGGCUUGUGUAACAUGUUUGGAUCCUGUGUGCAGGCGAUGCCUUCAUCGGGAGCAUUUACCCGUUAUGCCAUUAGCAAGGCCUGUGGCCUCAGGACUCCCAUGGCCAACCUCUACUUGGGCAUUAUUGUGCUGCUGGCUUUGAGCUACCUGAGUCCGUACUUCAACUUCAUUCCGGAGGCGACACUCGCGGCCAUCCUGAUAUGCUCGAUUUUCACGCUGCUGGACUUCAGGCUGCCACUGCGAUUGUGGCGCGACUCGAAGCGCGACUUUGCCACCUGGCUGCUGUGCUUCUGCGUCUCCGUACUUUUUGGCGUGGAGGUUGGUCUAUUUGUAAGUAUUGUGGUGACCGCGCUGCACCUGCUUUUUUUGUGGGCACGUCCCGAGGUCCGGGUGAAGAUUGAACAGCUGGAGGAGAUGCAGUACAUCCGGGUGACGCCGGGCAACGGCAUCUACUUCCCGGCCAUCAAUUAUCUGCGCGAACGAGUGCUCAAGGCCUGCACUCAGGCGGACUUCAAGAUUACGGUCGUGAUCGAUGGGCAGCGCAUCAGCGGAAUGGACUACACAGCCGCCCAGGGAAUAUCCAAGUUGUCCAGCGAUCUAUGCCGCCAGGCAGACGCCUCCAGCUCCACGCUUCUAAUUCUAUUCAGAUUUCCGGAGCACCUGCAGCGGCUCAUUGAUCACACGGACAACCUGGUGUUCUGCGAGAGCGAGAACAAAGUCAAGGAGUUCCUCACCCAGGAGUCGCUGCGGAAUGGCUACAUCAACCUAAAGGAGCACAUAAGGGCCUCCAUCGAUUUGGGCUAUAAAAUCGACAUCGAUUAGGUGGACACACUCGCCCCCUAGUUAGCUGUUUGUGUUAUUUAUUUAAGUUUAGUUCGAAAAAUUGUCGUCGCUGGCUGGGCAAAUGGAAAUGGAAACGAAGGAAAAGUGGAACAAAUGCCUUGAUGGCAGCAAUUUAUAAAAUCCCCCAAACCCCCCUGGAACCCCAAACCCCGAACUCCGACAACUGACCUCUGGAUGAGAAGAGGGUUUGGGGGAAGCAGAAUAGAUGCGGUGCCGCUGGCGACGCCGUCAAUGAUUGCCAAGCUAAUGGAUUUCUGUUUACUUUUUCACUUAGAGCAGGCACCAAGGAGGAAAAGGAGCAGAAGCAGCAGCAGCAGCAGCAGCUGAAGCAUAAGGAAAAAACAAGGUUUUAAAAAAUGGCGCAAGAGAAAUUAGAGAAAAGCGAAAGCGCACUGCCAACUUCUCUAACCAAAAAAAUAAAAAAAACAAGGUGCGCAGGGAAAAACGAAGAAAACACAGUUGAAAAGAAACUGCAAGAAAUUAAACUAAAUCCUAGCGUAAAGUGGAUCAAACGCAGUAAAAACAAGCCAUGGCAUAAAUUAAGUUAGUCGAAAACGAAAACGAACUACUCUUUCGGCUGUAAAACACGAAUAUAAGCAACUAAGCAAAUUAAAUUAAUUAAAAUUCAAUUAAUAUUUCUUACCUUAAAUAUGACUUUCACAAUUAAUAAUUUCAAUACCAUUGUAUUUGUAUUAAU